GGGAGGAGCUAGACAGGGGAAAAAAAGUUGGAAAGGAACUGAAACAGUCUGAUUUCAUAAGUUUAAGAGGAAGGGGAUCAGGAGGUUGGUGUGAGUUGGCUGCAUUUGGGCUGGGUCGGUCUGCAGUUUGUGAGGCAAGGGAGGAUUGAAGGAUAAGGAGAAACUGACAGCCGGGAGUGAAAUCUACAUCCCCCUGCUCUAGAAGUAUGGUAUGGAUUCAGGAGGAGAAUUGCUCAGUUCCCUGAUAUCUCACUCGGACUCCAGUCAAUCACAGCUCAUCGAGCAGAAGCCACUGGCAGGACCAGGAUCCGGUUCCUCCGACGACGAUGAGGGCUUUCAGGACUGCGAGCAGAAGACGCCUGAGGGUCAGGGAGAUGCGAGUCAGAGGGGUUUGGAAGCCUCAAGGGAGUCAGACGGCCUCCUGGUUGGAGGGAGCAGUGCUGCCAAUCCAGUAGAGGGCCUCUCGGCGCCGAGGAACAAUAACACCCCAGCAGCAGCUCAGCCAACCAAGGCUCCUCCAACGCCGGGGACCUUACUGCCAGAUGAAGCAGGGAAUGAUAUGCCCAUCAUGGACUGGGAGGCCUUAGAGAACCACAUCGCUGGCCUUCAGCUCCGGGAGAAUGAGAAACAGGCACGAGAACAGAGCCGCAACCCAACCGUUGUGGCCACAGACCAUUUGCCCUUGGGGAGGAGAAAGAUGGAUGGUGCACACAGAUUCACAUCCCGGGAAAGAACCGAUAAUAGUAGUUGGCAGAUGACGGGUUUUAGCUGCACCACACGAUUCCACAGUCGGAUGAACCUGCAGUUGUGUUUUAUCAACGACAGCAGCAGUGAGAGUGACACCGAGGAACCUGUCAGCAGAGCCUCCGCCACGUCAUCUCCUCAGGGGACUCCAGAUGAGGGCAGGCACACUGAAGGAAGCCUUCUGUCUCGCAAGAAGGAGCUGGAGAGUGAAGCAAAGCGAGGCCUCGCCUUGGUGAAGAGGAGACUCGACCUGGAGAGGCAACAAUCGAAAGAUGCUGAAGGGAGGGGCAGAGCUCUGGAACUGAGUCACCUGCAAGAGAUGAAUGUGACAAAACUUCAGAAUCUGCAAACCAGCAUCUUCUCCCAAAUUCAUUGUCUCAACACCCAACUGAUGGAACUUCUCGAAACUCGGGAUGACCUUAAGACCAAGCAAGAUGCCAUGUUGGUCGAAAUUGGAGACUUGACACACUGAAUGCCAACGAAGGUUCUGCAUAGUUCAACCAAAGAAUAACAAAAAUGAAGAGGUUUACGUGAUAGGGAUCUUUUCUUGUGAUUUUUUUUUUUUGCGGAUUUUGCACCUGAGGGGGAUAUCUCCGGUUCCGGGAUCGGAUUCCAGUCAAGUCUCAAAGCCCUGGUUUCACGAGGAAGAGAACGUUGCACCUUCAGACGUACGUCCGAUCCAAACAUCUGCUUCAGUGUUGGAGGCCUGCGGGAAACACAAGAGGAGGAGGACUCCAUUCGGCCCUUCUGGUCUGUCCCCACCGCCAUCUAGUGAGAUCGUGGCUGAUCUGAUCUUCACUCCAUCUGCCACCCUUUUGUUCUGUAGCCCUUAAUCUGCCUUACCCAGCAACUAAUUCCAGGCUGACACUCUCCCACUGCCAGCACUAGGGCGAGUGCCGCAGCGUUGGAGGCGCCACCUUUGGGGGUGAGACGUUAAACCGAGGUUCCGUCUGCCCCCUCGGGUGGGCCUAAAAGAUCCUAUGACCGCUAUGUCAAAGAAGACCAGGGGCAUGUCCUUCCCCCAAGGACAAUAUUUAUCCCUCAACCCAACAUCACCAAAAAAAAACCCAGAGUAUCUGGUGAUUAUCACAUUGCUGAUUGUGGGAUCUUGCUGUGCACAAAUUGGCUGCUGCAUUAGAGCUUCGUGAGGAUGUGAGAGGCCAUACAUGAAUGCACAGUCUUUCUUUUCUAUGAUAAAGGUGGGGUGCCCGCUCGUCCUGAGAUAAACUGAGUUCAUGAAAGAGGGGAGGGGGUCUCGACUUGUAAAAUGAGCCACGAUCCAGGAAAUCCCUGGAAGAACAACAGCUUGCGUUUAUAUAGUGCCCUUAACAUUGUCAAACAGUCCCAAUGCUUCCCAGGGAAGUUUGACACUGAGCCACAUAAUGAAACAUUAGGAUAGCUGAUCAAAAGCAUCUUAAAGGAGGAGAGCGCGAGUGAGAGAGAGAUGGGGAGGGAAUUCCAGAGCUUAGGGCCCAGGCAGCUGAAGGCACGGCCACCACUGGUGGAGCGAUAGAAAUUGGGGAUGUCCAAGAGGCCGGAAUUGGAAGAGUGCAGAGAUCUCGGCGGGUCGUAGGAGUUUGCAGAAAUGGGGAAGGGCAAGAUUAUGUCCUUAGACAUAUGAAGGAAUUUGAAAACUAGGACAAGAAUUUAAAAUGGUGGCGUUGCCAGAUCUGGAGCCAGUGUAGGUCAGCGAGCACCGGGGUGAGGGUGGGUAGGGUCCAUUUAAGUCUGUUUUCUAUCUGUCUGUUUUGCAGAAGUGGAAUUGGACGCCUGUGCUAAGGUGCCUCUGAUCCAUGUUUGAAGGGCUUUUGUGUCCACUUGGUUAGAACAGGGGCUGGUGGUGGUAGCCAAAGUGGUCCACCACUCACCACACCCCUGAUGACCAAAGCUCCAUUGUUUUAGAAUUCUAGUACUUAAUCUGGAAGUUCCAAUAUACAGACUGCAGAGCUCAGAAACAGGCCAUUCAGCCCAACUGGUCCAUGCUGGUGUUUAUGCUCCACACAAGCCUCCACCCACCCCCUCAGCAUGUUCUUCUAUUCCUUUCUCCCUUCAUGUGUUUAUC